AUGCACGAUCAUCCCUCGAUAAAAUUUGGCCAUAACUACCUGUUAAACCUUUUUUUCAUCUUUCAACCAUGCCUCGCUGCCCACUUUCACGAUAAUAGGCGAAACAAUCAGCAGCGAGAUGCCGUUUGCACCAGUUGUGGUCAAACAGAGCAUCGUCGCCGUUCACAUAAAAU